UCAAAAAAUUUCAAAAAUUCAGAGAAAAUUUCUGGGAGAAUUAUUUAUCACCACAUCCCUCUGUUCAGACAAAAUAAAAAUUUCGAUCCCUCCGACUUUUCCCUCUCUUUUCCCUUGGAGGGAAACCUUAGAAAUCCAAAAUCCCCUGCUUCAACUAGCAGAGUAAAUUAGGGGUUUCAUAAAUGCUUAAGCUUCACUGACGGCGAUCUUUCUCUCUGCUGAUUCACUGUUUGGUUACCGGAAUAGCGGCGGCGGCUUCCGGCGUUUGGUGUUCCGAUUUGAUUUUAGCUCAGUCAAGUAGGCACACCUGCAGCCUUCUCAAAAUUAAGCUGUUUAAUUCAAGUCAAAAUGCAAACGAAGAAAAGAAGUUCCGGAAGAACUGCUGUGAGAGAGCAUGCUUGUCCCAAGGUUACAAGAGCUCAGAAGAAAGCAUAUGAAAGUGUGCAAGUUGUGGAAAAGAAAGUUGCUGACCUAAUUACAUCUUCAGCAAGGAAGCAGAGAAUAGAUGGCACUCAUAAAAAGAAUGGGGGGCCUGUUACUGCAACCAAUUCAAAUUUGAAUUAUGACUCAACGCGUGAUGGGACUGCUGACACUUGUUUGGGGCAUGAUGCUAUGCGUGAUGAUUGCAUAGAUAUUAAGGAUUGUAAAGAGGGAACUACUGAUUGCGAAGCAGAAACUAUAUUUUCUCCUGCCUUUCACAUAUCUAAACAUGCCGAAGGGGAAUCUGAUAAUGGAGUUGAUUUUGUUAAAUUCUUUGGAAAUGGAGACCACAGUUAUCAUCAAGAUUGUGAAAUAAUGUACUCAAGGGUUGAUGUGCUGAAUGGUCAUUUUGUUCAAGAGACUUCCGAAUCCAUGGUUAGAGAUGAGAGGAGUUACCGUGAGAACACAUUUUCUUCAGUAAAUAUAACAUGUCCUGUUGUGGAUCCAGCCACUAUUUCUUCUGAAGUCUCAGCCAUAUAUCUUGCCAUGAAAAAUUCCAAGUUGGAAUGUGUGGAUGAACAUGGUCACGAGCCCAUGUCAACUGAUUUAUACACAGAUGAUGACGAGUAUGAGGAAGUUGAUGACUUUGAUCCUUACUUCUUUAUCAAGAACUUACCUGACUUAUCAGCAGUUGUUCCAACUUUUCGGCCGAUGCUUUUACCUAAACAGACACGGCGUUGUCCUCCUACUAGUCUUGUUUUGGACUUGGAUGAAACCUUGGUACACUCCACACUAGAACCUUGUGCUGAUGCAGACUUCACUUUUGCCGUAAAUUUUAACCUCCAAAAGCAUACAGUAUAUGUCCGAUGCCGUCCUCAUCUCAGAGAUUUUCUGGACAAAGUUUCCAAUCUUUUUGAGAUCAUAAUAUUUACAGCUAGUCAAAGUAUUUAUGCAGAGCAACUUCUAAAUGUGCUGGACCCAAAAAGGAAGAUAUUUCGCCAUCGUGUUUUUCGGGAUUCCUGUGUUUUUGUGGAGGGGAAUUACCUCAAAGAUUUGUCAGUUCUUGGUCGUGAUUUGGCACACACAAUCAUAAUCGACAACUCUCCACAGGCAUUCGGGUUCCAAGUAGACAAUGGAAUUCCAAUUGAGAGCUGGUUUGAUGAUCGUUCUGAUAAAGAAUUACUCUUCUUACUUCCUUUUUUGGAGAGCUUGGUUGGAGUAGAAGAUGUUCGGCCACUAAUUGCAAGCAAAUUCAGCCUUAGGGAGAAAAUAGCUGCAGCUGUUUAUCCUCUUAACUCAAACAGAGGCGAUCCUUUCGAAAGGUAAGCCUUCAAUGUGAAUGAUCAGUUUCACAGUUUGAAAUCUCUUCUGGGUGUAUUUUCUGUACUUUUAGAACCAGAAACGCUGUUCUGUUUGUUGUGAAGUUAUGUGCUUUCAUUGAGAAAGACGGAGAUGCAAUUGGGGUGUAACAUGGGUCAAAUGCAAGGAAGACACAUAAACUUUUGAUAGAAAAUUUGCUUACAAAUAAGUUUCCUACUAAUUUAAAGGUCUUAUACA